GUUUGGUAUAAAAUGAAUGUUUGUCCUCAAACUGAUAGCAUUGUGAGAAGAUAUUUGACAAUUAUACUGGAGUAAGUUGUUUGGCUAUUUUUCUGGAGAAUUAUUUUUAAAGAUCCAACAAUGAGUUCAAUUAAAAUAAUUCUCGUGACAGUCAUUCAAGUCAAUGUAUUCCUACUCGUUAAAGGUUAUUGGCUACAAAAUUUCAGAUCAUUGAGCAAUCGCCUUCCAAAAGAAAUCACUUUAAAUGGCAAGAUACAUAAAUGUGGGACAGUAUUACCAGACGCAGAAAAGUGCAGUUGUAAAGCCUUGAUAUGCGACAAUGAAAACAAAUGUCUGCAUCAGACUAAACCUGUUGCUGGCUUUGUUUAUCGUAUCGGCUGUCAACUCACCAAACCCUGGGAAGAAAUCGACAAGGAAGCGGCUAUCUCUGGAGAAUCUGAAGACUGUUAUUGCAAGGGUAGAGCCAUCGCAGCACAGACAUGAAAACUAUAGACAUGAAAACUAUAGACAUGAAAACAGCAAUUGAGUUUUAAUACAUAAUGAUAGAAGCAAUAUAGCUAUAGUCAAAAACAUAAAUUUAAAAUGAAAUGUAACAAUUCAUGAAAUAUUUAGUGCUUAAAUUUCACUUUGCCAUAAAUUUAAGACCUAAUCAAAUGUGUGAAUUCUUCUAAAGACUUACAUGUUAAAUAGGUUCGUGUACUGUUGAGCACCAGGGCCCAAGCAAGGACACGACCAUGUCUUAUAUAUAGAUGAUGAUCGCAACUAGCAACUUAAUUUAAGUCUUAAAAGUAGGUUUUAUAAAGAGUGCUACCUAACAUAUAAAAUGAUUCACUUGUUAAAAAAGGCGAGUGUGACAAAUCAUCUUUGCCAGCGGUUUUGAUCAAGUUUCGCUUUAACAGUGAUAUUGUAUUACAUGCAUACAUGACACUUCUCUCGUCAUGCUUCAACGAAUUUUGAACUUAUAGACAAAUGAUUACAUUGCAUCUUAAUAAAUGAUGGAGAACGAAUCACAGAGAAAUUCAUCGCAAGAAAUGAAUUUGACGAAAUGUCUUGUAUCUUACAUCGUGAAAUCACCAUCUCAAUCAUAUAUAAACAACGUGAUUGCAGCAUGUUUGAUAAAUGGUAUCUUUCUUAUUGUUGGAUCUUUGCUCAACAUGAUGGUCGUCGUCGUAUUUUGCAAAUCAAAACAGCUUCGUUCUAAAAUGGCGCUUUUUCCACUCUUGGUUUUGUGCAGCGUGGACUUGGCUACGGUGUUGGUCGUGCAUCCUUUAUUUUUGAUGGAAACAAUAACGGAAGUAAAGAAAACACCAAAGUGUUUGUAUAAGAUUAUUUAUUUCUCCGCUUUGUACAUAUUUCCAGCAACGUCAAUCUCAACCCUCUGUCUUAUGAACAUUGAAAGAUACAUAGCAAUUGUAAAACCUUUGUGGCAUCUGCAAGUAUCAAAGAAGAAGCAAAAAUUCUUCUUCGCUUGUAUCAUUUGUUGGUUACUUAUGGCAGGAAAUCUCUCGUGUCGCUUGAUCAAACCGCCAUAUUCCAAAGCAUUUACGAUGGUUGUACUUUGCAUAGCAUGUUUGAUAUCUCUCUUCACAUACGGUUCCAUAUUCCAUGUUGCAAGAAACAGACGCCGUUUUCCUGUGAGUGAAGACACAAGCAGCGAAUCGUCGGAGGACGAUAUCAGAAGAAGAAAGGCAAAUUUUCUUAACGAUUUGAAAGUUGCAAAGACUUAUUUCAUCGCCAUUAUUAUCUCAUUUAUUUGUUAUCUUCCCAUUGGUAUUGUAGUGUUUGCAACAAACUAUCCCUGGCAAGAGAACGAAACUAGAAAGGCGUUACUGGUAGAAGUUUAUAUCUGGGGGAUACCUUGCUUACAUUGAGCUCAACAUUUAACUGUUUAGUAUUCUUUUGGGCAAACACAGGUUUGAGAAAGCAGGCUUGGAGGUUAUGGUCGCUAGGCUUAACAUCAAAUAAAUCAAGUUCAAACGAUGAUAAAAUUCGAGCUCGUAGAAUCAAAAAUUACAAUAAAUUGUCAUAAGAUGACGAACGUGCAGACAUAUUGCAGAUAAUAUUUGACAAAAAGAAAUUUAGAUUGAAGCUUGCUGUUAAAUCAUUUGCCAAAUAUUCUUUUGAUAGCUCUUCAGCAAAUCAUCUAGAUUUUAAAAAUUGCCCCCAGUUGCCUAUCAUCUGCCGAAGGAGAGAAAAUAAAGACAAGUACGUCUAAUUGGAUUCGUCCAAAUGAUCUUUGAACGAAUUUAUUAUUUACACCUGUUACAACAGGUUAUUCGAUGAACAGUUUUUACCAGAUACAAAAUAAUAAUAUAUAGAGUAUUUCAAUUAUAUCCCGAAAGUUGUCAAAUUUUAAA